AUGAGAACUGUUGUUGGAAGCCGACGCCCUCAGAUUGAAACAGUCCUAGAAAAUGAAGAAAUUGUCAGAGGAGAAAGUGUUCCUGCACUUGCGGCUGAGAAAAUUUAUGUCGCCGUUGGAAAGGAUUUGCAUGAGAGCGCCUCUGCACUCAAAUGGGCGCUCAAAAACUUACAAGCAGCGCCAAUAGUCCUCCUUCAUGUUUAUGUUCCACCUCUCUUUAUACCUUCCGGAACGGGGAAUAUGCCUGUAAAUCAAGUAAGGAGAGAAGCGAAGGAGGCCUACGAGAAGAAUGAAAAGAGGGACACUGACAAUUGCAUGAACAAAUAUUUACAGGUUUGCAACCGAGCCAAGGUGAAAGCAGAUACUUUGAUUGUUUCCAAACUUGAUGUUUCCAAAGGAAUAGUUGAAGAAGUUUGGAAGAGAGGUAUCACGAAACUUGUCAUGGGAACAACUUCCACACGCGGUGUGAGGCUGAAGAUUCAAGGGCCAGGGAAAGCGGAUUAUAUCCGAAAGCACGCGAUCAACUCCUGCGACGUGUUGAUCGUAUGUAAAGAUAAGCUUGUGUCAGAGGGGAAAGGUUGUGCUGUGGAAAACGAGGAUUUUAGCCGAUCUUUCUCAUUGGAGCCAAACCUCCAACGAUGCUUGAGCCGCUCCAGUGAAACUUCCCCUAAUUUUCCACUGGCUGGAGAUUCUCCGGCAGCUUCGACAGAGGAUGUGAAUGAUGUCCAGUCUGAGUCUCAAUUAUCUCCAGAGGAGAGUACAGAAAUCGAAAUCCUGAAAUUUCAGUUAAUGGAGGCGUUAGAGGUGGCAGAGAAUGCAAAAAGAGAAUUGCAAAGGGAGACCAUACAACGGAUGAAAGCACAGGCGGCUGCCAUGAAAACAAAUCGCAAGCUUAAAGAUUAUGAAGGCGCCCUGGAAGAAGCUAUGGAAGAGAAGGAAAGCGCGAUAUUAGAAUCAAAACUUAAAGAAGACAAGUGGAGAUCACUGGUUAACCAGUUUUCAAAUGAACGGGACGAAGCUUUCCAUGAACUAGAAGUAGCACGGGAGAAGUUCGCAGCGAUGGAGAAGCAAAACCACGCCUUUUGCAAGAAAAGGAGGCUCAAAUUAAGCAACUUCAAGACUCCUUGCGUUCUCGGCCUGAGUAUGGAAACGCCUUCCUCCUCUAAUACCCUUCAAAUAAGGGAAUAUUCCUUUGACGAAAUUAAAGCGGCAACCUGCAAUUUCUCUGACAGUUUAAAUCUCGGAGUCGGUGGCUACGGCAACCUUUUCAGAGGCAAAAUAGGACAAACAAGGGUUGCAGUCAAAACCCUCAGGAAGGACAGUUUACAGUGCUGGCAGGAGUUCCAACGCGAGGUCAAUAUUUUAAGAGGCAUUCAACAUCCGAAUUUGGUGACGAUUUUAGGAAACUGCUUCGAGCGAGGUUGUAUAAUCUAUGAGCAAAUGCCACACGGAUGCCUGGCAGAUCGUGUGAGCUGCGAAACCGGCGCUCCACCGCUCUCUUGGCAGGACAGAACUCGCAUUGCCAUGGAAGUUUGCUCCUCUGUACAAUUCUUACACAGUUCAAAGCCAUAUCCAAUCGUCCACCGCCAUCUUAAGCCCGAAAAUAUACUCCUCGACGAGAAUGAUGUAAGCAAAACCAGUAACUUUGGCCUCGCUCGCCCUCUAUCAGAAGUUGUACAGGGAGAACCAGAGCCAAGACGCACAUUUUUGUACAUGGAUCCAGAGUAUAUGAGCAGCGGCAAAUACACAACCAAAUCUGAUGUAUACAGGGUCGGAGUAAUAAUCCUUCAGCUUCUUACAGGGAAAUCAGCGCUGGGACUGGUAAAUGAGGUAGAAAGUGCUCUUGACAUUGGAGAACUCAAGCAGAUUUUGGAUUCUUCAGCAGGUGAAUGGCCUUAUGCGCACGCUACUCAAGUGGCUGAACUUGCAUUACUCUGCACGGAACCGGUAAGAGAGAAAAGGCCUGAUCUUGAGCCAACUGUCAUGAAAAUGCUCGAAAAGCUUCAUAACAUUGCAAUCGCUGAAAUUGACGCCGACAGGCCUCGCACAGCUGAGGUUACAGAUGUUCCUAGCUGCUUCUUCUGUCCAAUAUUGAAGGAAAUUAUGCAAGAUCCUUGUGUUGCAGCAGACGGGUUUACAUACGAAAGGGAGGCCAUGGAAGAAUGGUUUUAUCAAGGACACGACACAUCGCCCAUGACAAAUGUAAAGCUUGAGCAUAUGAGUCUGAUAUCUAACCAUUCGUUAAGAUCAGCCAUUUUACAGUGGCAAGAAAGACACGUAGACUCAGAAGAAGAGGAUGAUAACGAAGAAAAUAUAGCUGAAGAUAAUUUUUAUGUUAUUCCGAGGUGGCCCUCUACCACUAGUUCAAAGUUUCCUUGCCUGGAUCUGGCAAUCUCGCCUCCUAGGCAGGAGGAAGGAGAAAUUGGAAAAGAUCCUAAAGAUGGGUGGUCUGUGCCGGACCCGACUCCUGGCCCAGCUAAUGUAUGGGGCAAAAAAGAUGAUCUGGAUCCUCCUCCGUCAGCUGCCACUGCUUUGGCAGCCUGGGGAAGUUUUUUGAUGAAUAGCUUGUUUUUUUGUUUCCGACCGCAAACUGAGUGA